AUGGCUACCACUACCAAAUUCUCUAAUUCAGGGGGUGCUCUACUGUUUGAUCCCACCAAGUAUCGGUCAGUUAUGGGUGCCCUACAGUAUGUCACCCUCACUCGUCUAGACGUCUCUUUUGUAGUCAAUCGUGCAUGUCAGUUCAUGCAUUCCCCAACGGAGGAACAUUGGCAGUUGGCCAAGCGCAUUAUUCGGUAUUUGAAAAGCACCCAAUCUGCUGGCCUGCUUCUUGAGCACUCCACAUCUCGCUCUCUACAGGUCUUCAUUGAUGCUGACUGGGCCGAUUUUGAUGCAAAUGCUGGUUAUCUUACUGGACUUGAUGCCCAACCUUCUGAGUACGAUGAUAUUGGCACCAAGGAGCCUGAGGCUGUGUUUGAGGAACAUGGCGAGGAUGACGGCUACUUGGCGAACCUUGAGGUUCAUUCUACAAAUUAUGAUUCUAUUGGUGUGGAGGACUCGAAGCCAGUAACUGAGGAUCACGACGACGCUUGUCCAUAUGAUGACUAUGCCUUCGGGGCACCAUGA